GUUUUCGGGGAGUCCGGGCGGCGUUAGCGCAGCGGAGCGGAGCGAGCGUGCGCGCGAGGGGCGGCGAUGUCACCUGACCUGUGCCGGAUGGAGGACUCGGCUGUCAUCUCGUGCUACCCGGACCUCGCCGUUACCAUUCGGAAGAAGAUGAACUCCUUCAAAAAGUUCAAGCGCCGCAUGGGGCUCGCGUCUUCGGGCGGCGGCGCCGGCCGCUGCGUGGCCACCAACAACCUGCCGCCGCUGCUGUUCCACGCGUCGCACGGCGAGAACAUCCGCCUGAUGAACGGUGGCACGCGCGCCCAGCGCGUCGACUCCUACUGCAAGGGCAUCGUGUUCAGCAGCCGACCCGUCCGCAUCAACGAGAAGAUCGUGCUGCGACUGGCGGACGUCUCCAACCAGUGGAGCGGGGUGGUUCGGCUGGGCUUCACCAGCGUGGAUCCCCGCACGCAUACGCACGGCCUGCCCAAGUACGCCUGUCCGGAUCUGACCAGCAAGCCCGGAUACUGGGCCAAAGCGAUGUCGGAGCGCUACGCUGAGCCCGGCUGCGUGUUUUUCUACUACGUCAGCGCCGGCGGCGACGUCCACUUUGGCCUCAACAACGAGGAGAAGGGCAUCUUCUUCUCUGGCGUGGACGCGUCGCGGCCGCUCUGGUGCCUGGUCGACAUCUACGGCAACGCCACGGCCGUCGAAAUCGUCCAGCCCCAGUCGACGCCGGCGCCGGUGCUGGGCCCGACCGACGAGGAGCUGGAGCGGUGGACGCGGCCCGCGCUGGCCGCGCUCACCAUCCAGGCGCCGCCACCGCACGCCCAGCCGCCGGCGAUGCCCAUCAAGUACCACACGCACUGCGUGUUCUCCCCGCUACUUCUUCACCCGCGUGUCCGCGGCCGCAACGUGGCCGUCAGCCCGGACCGGACGGUGGCGGCGCGACUGGAGGGCCAGUUCUGCAACGGCUACGUGUUCGGCCAGCGGCCGCUGCGGCUGGGCGAGCGGCUGGUGGUGCAGGUCCUCUCGCGCUGCAGCCUGUACGUCGGCGGCCUAGCGUUCGGGCUCACCUCGUGCGACCCGUCGCGGCUGGCGCUGGCCGACCUGCCGGACGACGCCGACCUGCUGCUGGACCGGCCUGAGUACUGGGUGCUCGCCAAGGACGUGGCGCGCACGCCGGCGCCCGGCGACGAGCUUAGCUUCAAGAUCAGCGGCGCCGGCGCCGUCGAGUUCUCGCGCAACGGCGGCGCGCCCGUCGUGCUGAUGCACGUGGACGCGUCGCUCGACCUGUGGCCCGUGCUCGACGUGUUCGGCGGCACGAGCCGCGUGCGCGUACUCGGCGUGACGCCCGAGCUGACGCCCGGCUGCCCGCCGCUGCCGCCGUCGCCGCCGACGGCGUCCGAGUAUCCGGCGGCCGGCGUCGCCGACUGCGCCGUCUGCUUCGAGCGCGCCUCGGACGCCGCGCUCUACUCGUGCGGACACGUGUGCAUGUGCUACUGCUGCGCUGUGCAGUGGAAGGCGCGCGGCGGCGCCGUCUGCCCCAUAUGCCGCGCGCCCAUCAGGGAUGUGAUCCGGCUCUACCGCAGCUAGGCGGGCGGCGCGGCGGCGCGCGCUGCCGCCAGACCGCGCGGGAGAAACGCCCGCGCCGAGACGGCUCCGGAUC